CAAAUCUACAAAUGAAUUCUUAAAUCGACAGAAAUUCUGAUCCUCCUCAUACCAACGUGAUUUUAGUUGUGAUUACAAACAAAGCUAAUAAAACCUUGCCACAUGAUAAAUAUUUUAAAGUCUUUAGUCCUUUCGGCACUAUUCAGAGAGUACAUAUAUUUAAGUAGAUUUUAAAUAGAUGCUCAUAUUCGAGAGAUCUCUUACUUGGAAAACAUUUAUUGAGUUUGAUAACGUAGAAUCAGCAUUCAAGGCGAGAUCGUAGAUGAAUGACAAAUAUUUUUGUGAUGAUUCCUCAUUACUAAUGAAUGUCUAUGCAAGCAAACUAACUUAUAUCUCCUUCUAAGAAAACAAUGUGUGGGGCGUUGGUAUGAAUUCUAUCUAUUCCAAAAUUAUUAGAUUAUACAAUACCAAGAUGUAAGUAGAAAGAAUAAUCUCCCCCGAAUGAAGUAAAUCAAUCUUCUCAAUCUUUAAAAUCUAUGUAGACAGUUCCUUAAUAAAACUUCUAAUUGCUGCAAUCACAAAUGUUAUUUUAACACUAAAUGUCACAACAAAUGCAAUAAAUUAAUACUCUCAUGGGGUAGUUAUAAUAAGUGUGUGUUGAGGGAUUUGCAACUCCUCUAUUGUAAUCUACAGAUUUGUUAAAUUAAAUCGAGAAACAACAAUCAAUUUUAAAAGAUAUCCAUGAAUAUUAAUAAUCAUUCUAGAAUGUGACUGACAAUUAUUAGAAUUUUCUAUAAGGUUUCAAUCAACAAGAUGAACAAAAAUCUAUCAGCAUAGAAUCAAGCAAGAAUGGAAAAUCAAAUAGAAAGAAACUAACAUUACCAAAUGAUAAGAAAACAAAAAAUGGAGAUCAAAUAGAGUUCAUCUAAAGUUAUCAGGAAAGUGAUGUUACAAAAGAUAUUAUGUUUCAUAGUUCAGAUAAAUUAAUAGAUCAAAUACAAGUACAAAAGAUGUAUCAAAGUGAUGGUAGAAGUGCUAAUAAGGCAGAAGAAUUGAAUUUUAAUGGUUUGGGUUUGAGAGACUCAGAAGAUGAAGCUGAUGAUGAUUCUAAUUAAUUUGAAGAACAAUUAUUGAAUGCUUAAUCUGAUGAAGAAGAUAUUCAUAAUGAUCUGUUCAAAUUUGUUGAUUAAAAUUAAGGAUUUACUGAAAAAGAUAGAUAAUAAGUGUUUAAGAAAUUGAAUUAAGACAUGUCAUUUGAUAAAGUUGAUAAUUAAGUAGCUGCAGUAGUAGAGAAAUAAACCCAGAAAAACACUAUUGAAUAAUCCUCCAGGAGUGUUGACAACAUUGAUUAAUUGAUCAGCAAAGGCAAAAUUAUUUAGAGAUCAAACUAAUAACCUACUUCAAAGAGUCAGACCAUUUACCAAUAACCUGAAAAGCUAGAUCAAUUUCAAUCUAAAUCCUAAUCCUUUAAAAGUAUAUGAAUGUUUUAAAUCAAUUAUAGGUGCUCGGAAAUCUAAAGUAAUCUAUGCCAGAUGGUUUGAUAAAAAGGUCGUAACAUCAGCUAUGCUCUAUAAUAUAUUUAGCAUUUAUGGCAAUAUUGAUAAAAUGAUAUUCUUAAAGGAAAGAUCAAGUUGUUUGAUACAAUAUGUGUCACAAGAACAUGCUGCUAUUGCAAAAGAAUCUCUCAAUGAUAUCAUGUUCUAUGGAUAAUCAAUAAAAGUAAUUCAUUUCGAAUAUACAGAUCUUCUUUUCCAAUUACGAGGAGAUCUCUUUGAAAACCUAGCCAACUAAACCAGGAGAGAUCGUCUUUGAUAUAAAAACUCAAGAGGAAUAUUUCUAGGGAAGUGAAGAGACACAUCGAAUUAAACCAGAUUCCACUUAUACUCUUGCUCCCCCUUGCGAUACUGUCUAAAUCUCUAAUCUGACUAAGAAUUCUUGUUAAGCUUCUGUUAUGUAAUAAUAUAUGCAAGAUUUUGGAUAAAUUAAAGCCAUUAAGUAAUUAUUAAUAAUAUAUAGAAUUUUGACUACUGGAAACAAAUACUUGUCCAUUAUCAAGUAUACAAGCACCGAAGUAGCACUUACUGUGUUGGCCAAUAUGAAUGGUUUCGAAUUGGAUGGAAAGUAUUUAUAUGAUAACAUUGAAAUAGACCUAUAUAAAUUAACUUUUCUAAACAAAAAUUAUGAUUGGCUGAUUUAUGAAUAUUCGGAUUUAAAAUUACAAUAUAC